CCUGAACAAUCUAACCCAUCGCCACCCCGUUAUGGCUGAUCUCGGAAUCGACUUCGAGGACGAGGAUGACGUUCCGUUCCAGCCAUCAUCGCCUCCAGAUCCACCUCACCACCUGACCCUAGAUGAACCACAACUCAUGCACGCUGUUCUUUCAGGUACCCUUACCGAUCAGGGCCAGUCAUCGCCUGAAUUGAUGACUGAUGAGUCAGACACCGCAUUCGAACAACAACAAGGUUUACAGCUACCAGAAACUUAUUUGGAAGGCUCUGACGGAUAUGUGGACGUCGUUGCUGACGACGCUGAGCCAAUGGCCAUGACACGAGAGAUGACACCAGAAGAACUCGAAGAUGACGAACUCAUCAUCGAUGAAUCAUUGACUCCCAUUGAGCGCAUGUCUAUGUUUGUUAAAAGUAACGAAAUCGUGCACAGACUCCUCGUAGCCAGAGAGUUGCCAAUCAGUCUGGAAAACAUGUCCACCCCUGAAGCCGUCAAUCUAGCCUUACCGAUGGUACAGGCACUUUCAAAGGAUGUUGAUGAUACUGUUCGAGAGACAUUUGUUGUUGAGUUGGACAAAAUCAUCAUGUAUUAUUAUCGCAAUGCUCCACCCAUUAUCGAUCAAGAUACCCGGCGUCAUGAUAUAACCUCGAUAGAAUCUCAAACCCCGACCCCUAAUUCUACCAUAGAGACAGAGAUGACUGAAACGGAGAAGGAUGAAGAUGAAAUGCAAGAAGAUAGCAAUUCAGACAAUGCUGAACCAAAUGAUCUACCCGACGUAUCUUCUGGGCCGUCACCGGCUACAAAGAUGAUAUCUUCUCCAUCAGUGGAAGCUUCACAUACUUCUGAAGACAAGAUGAAUUCCUACCAUAUCCCUCUACACAUCUUUUCGAACAUACUGAUUGAACUUUUGAUUGAUCAAAAUUCAAAUCUAGCUUCUUUAGCACAGCAAUGUAUCGUUUCUGUGGUAUAUCAGCUCACCAGCAUAGCCAGUGGUGAUACAGCGACGGAAAAUGAAUCGAUUUCGCCAUCUCAAGCACAAAAGCUUCUUGAUGAUGAGAUUGUUGACGGCAUCAUUAAUGGCCUCCUUUCUAUCGCUGGAAGGAUCAAGACCGCAUUGUACGAAUCAAGUCGUGGCGAGAAUGGCAGUCAAAGUAGUGUUGGCUCUCCUGAUUCGCAAAACAACAAUCAAAAGGCAGUAUUCCAAAUGAGCGAUGAUAUUGAUCAGGGUGAAAUUAAUCUCUGCAAGAUGGUUAGCUUAUCUUUGAUUGCAUCCUUGGCGUCGUAUUUGGGUGAAGAACGUUGUACCAAGAUAUUUAUGCCUAUUGUAGAAGAAAUGGCAAAGGACAAUGUCUUUUACGUCCGAAAAGAAGCAGCCGGGGCCAUUGGUAGCAUUGCAACUGUAGUGAAUCAAGAGUUCGUCAUUGAAAAGCUUCUCCCACUUUACGAAAGCUUUAGCAAAGACACUAUUUGGCACGUUCGUCGAUCAGCAACUCUAACAUUGCCAAUACUUUGCGGAGUCUUACCUAUGGACUUGAGGACAAAAUUGGCCGUUGAUGGUGUCGAACUGUUUAUGAACGACGUGUCAAGAAAUGUUCGAAACAUGCUUGCAGAAAUCAUUGGAGAACUUAUCACAAAGUUUUUGCCCGAAGGAUGGGAAGAAUCACGGCAACCUGGAGAGGUGCCUAUUGUUUUAAUAGAAUUUUUCUUGUCUUUGGGUGCCCAUGCCAGCAACAAGCAAGCCUUCAAGAUGGAUUCUGAUCGCGCUAUAAUAUGUGCCUUUAACUUUCCUGCUGUAGCUUUUACAGCAGGCGUUGACCUUUGGGAUACUCACUUGAAAGAUACCUAUCUAACUCUGACCAAAGACUACCAAAUCAAAGUUCGACGGACGUUUGCUUAUUCUCUGCACGAAAUUGCCCGAAUCAUCGGUCCCGACAGGACCGAACAUGAUCUUGUUCAGAUCUUUGCACUUUAUUUAAUGGAUCUGGACGAGGUAAAACAAGGUGUUCUGGAGCAUUUAUCUGACUUUUUGGCCGCCCUUGCGCCAUCUUCCAGAGAUGAAUAUAUUCCCAUCUUGGCAGAGGUCUGGGAUGGUGUCAUGACAAAUUGGCGUCUACGAGAUAUCCUUGCUGGGCAACUGAAGGAUAUUUCUCUAUUAUUUGAUCCCACUCGCGUCGUGGAGCAUAUUGUACCACUGGCUCUCCGCGCAUGCCAGGAUGAAUUUGCAAGUGUCCGCGAAACUGGUGUUAGCUGUUUCCCAACACUUUUAGAAAUAGUCAAGCAAGCUGUCGAUGAAAAUCAACAGGAUACAAAAGAUGAUGCUUCCAGCGAAGAAUUGGACGACAAUACCCCAGUAGAACUACUCGGUCACAUCAUGGAAAGAGUUGACGAGUUUGCGCGUUCAGAAAGAUUCCGCAACCGCAUGGUAUUUGCUCAAAUCAGCAAGGCGUUGUUGGAUGCUGGAAUUUCAGCAUGGGACUUUCACUCCUUUUUCUUGCCGCGACUGGACAUGCUUGCCAGCGAUCUUGUUGUCAAUGUCCGCAUUGCGGUAGCUCGAGCUUUUAAAACUGUGUGCGAAGAUGAUGAAAUGCGACAAGCUUUGGUCAACCUAGAUACUACCAAAGAGGACACUAUACGACACAGCCGUCCUCUGGAAGAGAUCUUAUUGACUCUUGCACUAGACGAAAACAAAAAUGUACAGACAUUCGUUAUCCAGUAUGUUGACCCAGAGGUUCUUAGCCAGCGUCAACAGGAGAGAGCCUUGGAAGCCAUAUCAACGGCAGCAGCCAACCAUCAUGAUCAACAGCCACCAGGCACGCCAAUGGAUUACAGUAGUGGCGAAGACGAAGAUGAUGUUCACCAAGCUACUGUCCAUCAGGUGGAACUCAGUGAGCUACCUCUGGCCAGCCCUAACCUUGCUGAAGGCAGCCAAUCGGAUUUCGAUGUCCAUACUAUAGACUUUGCCAAAGAUACCCUUGCUGACCCUCAAGAAGCGUUCGUAGAAUUGAAACCAACUCUUGAUGAUGUUGAUGACGACAAUGAAGAAGAAGAAUUUAUUUAUCGGCCAUCAACGCCCGUGGAGUCCUCGGACAGCAACUAAACGACCGACCGAAAAACAUAAAAAACAAAACUCUCUUUAUUUUUGUCAGUCCGGCACUGAAAGUAUCUUUAUUGUAAUCACCACCACCCCCCCUCAGGGCAUGCUUUGUUCUCACACACAUUUCUCCAAGCCAUUUUUAUUUUGU